GAAAGGGCUGGCCUCAACCUGCAUGCGUGGGUAGGAGCGAACUAGCCGGGAGCUCUCCUGCAGAGUCCGGGUGGCGGACACGGCCGGACCGAGUCCCGGGAUCUCCCACGUAACUCUGAGCCACGGGUCACUGGAUGCCCCAGAUUAUUGGGACCUAAUCCGUGAUUUAAGAUCCUCAGGGUCUUGCAAGUCAGAGCCUGGAUUUAACCCUGGACACCAAUUCCCGGAACGGGUCCUCCGGCCGGACUCCGGAUCUCUAGAUCCCACAGGAGAUUCCCUAUCCCGACCAGAUUCCAUAUCCUGAGAUCCCUGGAUCCGUCGCCUCUGGCUCCUGCACCUCCCUGUGUGCCCAGAGCCGAGCGCCCGACACCCGAGCGCCCCCACAUGGCGGGGCCGUGCCCGGGGUCCGGAACCCUGGAGCGCGCGGGCAGCUUCUGGCAGGACCCGCUGGCUGAGGCGCUGAGCCAGGGCCGGCCGCUCGCGGCUCCCCCGGGCCGUGGCUGUGCUCGAAGCCGACCGCUCAGCGUGGUCUACGUGCUGACCCGGGAGCCGCAGGCCGGGGUGGAGCCCGAGGCUGGAGCCGAGGUGGAGCCGCUGCCCCUGCGCUGCCUGCGCGAGGCCUGCGCGCAGCUCCCCGGGCCGCGGCCACGGCCGCAGCUGCGCACCCUGCCCUUCGGGAAGCUGGCUCUGGGAGACACCGCGGCGCUCGAUUCUUUCUAUAACGCUGAUGUGGUGGUGCUGGAGGUGAGCAGCUCCCUUGCACAGCCUUCCCUGUUCUACCACCUUGGUGUGCGUGAGAGCUUCAGCAUGACCAACAACGUGCUGCUCUGCUCCCAGGCUGACCUCCCAGACCUGCAGGCCCUGCGGGAGGAUGUUUUCCAGAAGAACUCCGAUUGCGCUGGCAGCUACACAUUGAUCCCCUAUGUGGUGACAGCCACUGGUCGGGUGCUUUGUGGUGACGCAGGCCUCCUGAAAGGCCUGGCUGAUGGGCUAGUUCAGGCCAGGGCAGGCACAGAGGCUCUGCUCACACCCCUGGUGGGCCGGUUUGCCCGCCUGCUGGAGGCCACACCUACGGACUCUUGUGGCUAUUUUCGGGAGACCAUUCGGCAGGACAUCCGACAGGCACGGGAGAGGUUUAGUGGGCAGCAGCUGCGGGAGGAGCUGGCCCGCCUGCAGCGGAGACUGGACAGCAUGGAGUUGCUGAGCUUGGAUAUCAUCAUGAACCUGCUGCUCUCCUAUCGUGAUGUGCAGGACUACUCAGCCAUCAUUGAGCUGGUGGAGACACUGCAGGCCUUGCCCACCUGUGAUGUGGCUGAGCAGCACAACGUCUGCUUCCACUACGCGUUUGCCCUCAACCGGAGGAACAGGAGGGGGGACCGGGAGAAGGCCCUGGCUGUGCUGCUGCCACUGGUACAGUUUGAGGGCUCAGUGGCACCUGACCUGUAUUGCAUGUGUGGCCGUGUCUACAAGGACAUGUUCUUCAGCUCUGGCUUCCAGGAUCCUGGGCACCGGGAGCAGGCCUAUUACUGGUAUCGCAAAGCUUUUGAUACAGAGCCCAGCCUCCACUCGGGCAUCAAUGCAGCUGUGCUCCUCAUUGCUGCUGGGCAGCGCUUUGAGGACUCCGAGGAGCUCCAGCUUAUAGGCAUGAAGCUGGGCUGCCUGCUGGCUCGAAAAGGCUGUUUGGAGAAGAUGCAAUAUUACUGGGAUGUAGGCUUCUACCUGGGAGCUCAGAUCCUUGCCAAUGACCUUGCCCAGGUGGCACUGGCUGCAGAGCAGCUGUACAAACUCAAUGCCCCCAUUUGGUACCUGGUGUCUGUGAUGGAAACCUUCCUGCUGUACCAGCACUUCAGACCCACACCAGAGACUCUUGGAGGCCCCCCACACCGUGCACACUUCUGGCUCCAUUUCUUGCUACAGUCCUGCCAGCCACUCAAGACGGCCUGUCCCCAAGGGGACCAGUGCUUGGUGCUGGUGCUGGAGAUGAACAAGGUGUUGCUGCCGGCAAAGCUCGAGUUUCAGGGUACAGACCCGAUGAGCGCAGUGAUCCUGAGUCUGCUGGAGCCCGAGACCCAGGACAUUCCCUCCAGUUGGACCUUCCCGGUCGCCUCCAUCUGCGGCGUCAGCGCCUCGAAGCGGGACGGGCGCUGCUGCUUCCUCUACGCGCUUCCCCCGGCUCAGGACGUCCAGCUGUACUUUCCCAGCGUAGGGCACUGCCAGUGGUUCUGCGGCUUGAUCCAAGCCUUGGUGACGAAUCCGGAUUCCACGGCACCCGUGGAGGAGGCAGAGAGUGUAGGGGAGGUGCUGGAGUUUGAUUACGAAUACACCGAGAUGGGCGAGCGGUUGGUGCUGGGCAAGGGCACGUACGGGGUGGUGUAUGCGGGCCGCGACAGGCACACGCGGGUACGCAUCGCCAUUAAGGAGAUCCCGGAGCGAGACAGCAGGUUCUCUCAACCCCUCCAUGAAGAGAUUGCUCUGCACAAACGCCUGCGCCACAAGAACAUCGUGCGCUACCUGGGCUCAGCCAGCCAGGGCGGCUACCUCAAGAUCUUCAUGGAGGAAGUGCCUGGAGGCAGCCUGUCCUCCUUGCUGCGGACAGUGUGGGGACCCUUGCAGGACAAUGAGAGCACCAUCAGUUUCUACACCCGCCAGAUCCUGCAGGGACUCAGCUACCUGCAUGACAACCACAUUGUGCAUCGAGACAUCAAAGGGGACAAUGUGCUGAUCAACACCUUCAGCGGACUGCUAAAGAUUUCUGACUUUGGCACCUCCAAGCGGCUGGCAGGCAUCACACCCUGCACCGAGACCUUCACAGGGACCCUACAGUAUAUGGCUCCAGAAAUCAUUGACCAGGGCCUACGAGGUUAUGGGAAAGCAGCUGACAUCUGGUCAUUGGGCUGCACUGUCAUUGAGAUGGCCACAGGUCGCCCACCCUUCCAUGAGCUAGGGAGCCCACAGGCUGCAAUGUUUCAGGUGGGCAUGUACAAGGUGCAUCCGCCAAUGCCCAAUUCUCUGUCAGCAGAGGCCCAAGCCUUCCUCCUCCGAACUUUUGAGCCAAACCCCCGUGUCCGAGCCAGUGCUCAAGCACUGCUGGGAGACCCCUUCCUUCAGCCUGGGAAGAAGAGCCGCAGUCCUGGCUCCCCCCAACAUGCCCUGCGGCCCUCAGAUGCCCCUUCAGCGAGCUCUACUCCUUCAGCUGACUCCACCACGCAGUCCCAGACAUUCCCACGUCCUCAGGCAACCCCUCAGCACCCACCCAGUCCCCCAAAGCGCUGCCUCAGUUAUGGGGACACCAGCCAACUCCGGGUGCCUGAGGAGCCCGGGGCCGAGGACUCCGCGUCCCCCGAGGAGAGUUCGGGAAUGAGCCUGAUGCACCAAGAGAGCAAGCGCCGGGCCAUGCUGGCGGCUGUACUGGAGCAGGAGCUGCCCACUCUGGCGGAGCAGCUGUGCCUGGAGCGGGACCAGGAUCCCCGUCUGGGCAGGAAUCACGUGGAAGAGCUACUGCGCUGCCUUGGGGCGCAUAUCCACACACCCAACCGCCGGCAGCUGGCCCAGGAGCUGCAAGCGCUCCAAGGGCAGCUUCGGGCCCAGGGCAUUGGGCCUGCGCUUCUGCAUGCACCGCUCUUCGCCUUCCCAGAAGUGGUGAAACAGAUCCUCCGCAGACGCCAGAUCCGUCCACACUGGAUGUUCGUGCUGGACUCGCUGCUCAGCCGCGCUGUACGGGCAGCCCUGGCGGUGCUGGGCCCAGAGGUGAAGGACGCAGUCCCACCGAAGUCAAAGGAGGCCAGUAAAGAAGAGGAGUCCCAGCUAAAGCAGCAGGAGACCUCAGUGCAUCUGAGCCGGCUCCCUGGGGAACCAGAGCAGGAACCCACACCUCUGAUAGUGCAGCUGGGCCUUUUGAGAGCAGAGACUGACAGGCUUCGAAGCGUCCUGGCUGAGAAGGAACGAGAGUGCCAGGCCCUGGUGCAACAAGCUCUACAGCGGGUGAAUGGGGAAGCCAGAACCUGUGUCCUAGCCUCAGCACCCCCAUCUGCUCUCACAGUGGACCAGGGCCUGGUGCUGUGGCUACAGGAACUGAACGUGGAUUCAGGCACCAUCCAGACGGUGAGGGGAAGAGAACUUGACUCCCACCAACCAAAGACCCCUCCUCUGCCUAUCUUUCAGCUCUUUUCACUUUCUCCUCUGAUACAGAGAAUUUCAGUACUGGAAGAGCACUUAGUAUCCCCCGCCUAUCACGCAGAUGAGAAAACUAAGGCCCAGAAAAGGGUGCGAUCUGCCCUAGCACGUUGGUAGUAGAACAGAGCUAGUAUGUCUCUGGACACAUCUUUCUCUUGAAUUUUUUCUCUCACUGUUACUGCAUAUGGGUCUUUGUCCAUAACCAGCUGCUGAAUCACAGCUUCACCCUCUAUGCACUGUUGACAUGUGCCACUCGAGAUGACCUCAUCUACACCCAAAUCAGGUAUGUCCUGGGCCCUCCAGGGAUGCCCCGUGAAUGUGGCCUCAUGCUGGCCAGAUGCUGACACCCAGCUACAGGCCUGCCUUGGUUCCUCCCUGGAAACUACAGGGACAUCAGGGUCCCCUGGGGACAGAGGGGGCAUCAGGCAGAUAGUGCCAGAGAGAGCCCAAGGCUGCCUUCUGGGCAAGCCACAUUGAGCCUGCCACCCCCAGGGGAGGGAUGGUAUGCCGCAUUUGGAGAGCCAUCUUGACAGAGCGAGCAGGAUCCACACCAGUCACUCCUGACCCUCAGAAGGCUGAAUGAGGGCAUCAGAAGGCCAGACCCAAGGAUGGAUGAAUGGAGAAGACACAGAAGCUUCUGACACAUCUGUCUCAGGACCCAGGGGCAGCAGCAGCAGGAGGCCAGAG